AUGGUCCGAGUCAACGCUCUCACCCGUGCCUCGACGCUCUCGCUUGUCCUUGUGCUGGUGGGAAUUGCGCUGCUUUCGUCGCAAGCCGUCAAUGCAGCCCCUACGGAGGGGCGAGGAUACAAGCGACUGCAACCAGUGCCAAGCAACCUGAAACAAUUCUUGAAAGCUACUCCUAGUGGCUCCUCGUCUCGUUCGUCCAGCUUGUGGAGUAAGGUGAAAAGUGCCUUCCGGUUCGGCUCCAAGUAUCACUGA